AUGAGAUCCCCCACCUCCGUAAAAGAAGUACAAAAGCUCACGGGGUGUAUAGCUGCUCUAGGAAGAUUCCUUUCAAAGUCCGCGAACAAAUGCUUACCUGUCUUCAAAACGAUAAAGCAACAGAAAUUCGAAUGGACCGCGGAAGCAGAAGAGUCUUUCCGCCAGCUUAAGGAGCACCUAUCGGCCUUGCCAAAACUAGUUUCGCCCAUCAACGGGGAAAAGCUAGUCUUAUAUGUCUCUGUCUCCGAAUACUCGUUAUCCGGAGUGCUUGUGACGGAAAGGGAAAAGAAGCAGCUCCCAAUAUACUAUGUGAGUCAUGCAUUCCGUGGCUCGGAAGGGAACUAUUGCGAAGUGGAAAAGCUAGCAGAUUUCGGCAUCGAGUACGAACCUCGAACAGCAAUUAAAGCACAAGCUUUGGCUGACUUUAUUACUGAAAGCACUUCCCCCCCUCCUGCUGAACUCAAUCAAGAAUGGAAAUUGUAUGUAGACGGGUCUUCAACACAAUCGGCGAGUGGGGCCGGGCUCCUCAUUGUGUCUUCCGCCGGGGUCCGUAUGGAAAGGGCGGUCAGAUUCGAGUUCGCGGCAUCCAACAAUGAGGCCGAGUACGAAGCAUUACUGAUGGGGCUGAAAAUCUGCUAUGAGGCAGGGGCUAAAAAAUUGGCCGCAUUCUCUGACUCCCAAUUAAUAGUGGGGCAAGUAAACGGGGAAUUCGAGGCUAAAGAUGAUAGCAUGAAAAUGUAUCUGCAGCAAGUGAAGGACUUUGUUCCGAAGUUUGAUAAGUUCACGUUGGAGCACAUUCCACGAUCCCAAAAUGACCAAGCCGAUUCCCUAGCAAAACUUGCCAGCUCCGCAGAUACUUCCGCGGCUCGUGAUAUAAUCUGGGAAGUGCUCCCUAACCCCAGCAUCAACUUCAUGGUCGAUACCAUCGACAGAUCUGAAACAUGGAUGGGGCCAUACGUUAAGUACUUGCGAGAUCAAAUGCUCCCCCAGGACGACAAUCAAGCCAAAAUGCUCCAGAAGAAGGCCAAAUGGUUCGAACUUCACGAAGGAACGCUCUAUAAAAAGUCAUACACAUCCCCUUCUGAAAUGUGUUGCUCCCGAAGAAGGAAACUAUAUCCUACGCGAAAUACACGAAGGUGGAUACGGAAUACACCAGGGAGUGCGAACUAUCAUUAG